GCGCGUCACGGCGGCCCGGUUCCGGGGCCGGGGGGGGGCCGGUUACAGAGAGCGGCGGGCGGAGCGCGGCUCCCUCCUGCCGCGGCGGCAGGUGGUGUGCAGCCAUGGCUAUCCUCUUCGCCGUGGUGGCCAGGGGCACGACCAUCCUCGCCAAGCAUGCCUGGUGUGGGGGAAACUUCCUGGAGGUGACAGAGCAGAUCCUGGCCAAAAUCCCAUCUGAGAACAACAAACUCACCUAUUCCCAUGGCAACUACCUGUUCCAUUACAUCUGCCAGGACAGGAUCAUUUACCUCUGCAUCACAGAUGAUGACUUUGAACGCUCCAGAGCCUUCAACUUCCUGAAUGAAAUCAAGAAGAGGUUUCAGACCACCUACGGCUCGAGAGCACAGACAGCCCUCCCCUAUGCCAUGAACAGCGAGUUCUCCAGUGUCUUGGCUGCACAGCUGAAAUACCACUCAGAGAGCAAAGGCCCUGACCAGGUGGCAGAGACACAAGCCCAGAUUGAUGAACUCAAAGGCAUCAUGGUUCGGAACAUAGACCUCGUGGCCCAGAGAGGAGAGAAGCUGGAGCUGCUGAUCGAUAAAACAGAGAACCUGGUGGAUUCGUCAGUCACUUUCAAAACCACCAGCAGGAACCUUGCCAGAGCCAUGUGUAUGAAGAACCUCAAGCUUACCAUCGUCAUCAUCAUUGUAUCCAUUGUCAUCAUCUACAUCAUCCUGUCAGCUGCCUGUGGUGGGCUUGCUUGGCCAAGCUGUGUGUAGAAGUAACUGGAGGCAGCUGGUGCUGGUCGCUUGGAGAAGAGAAUCCCAGGAGUGUGAAGAAGCAACCUACAGAAUAACUCUUAAUCUUUUCACUACUGACACCUUCUCAUCCUUUCAUCCCUCCAGGACUUCAGACUUUUUUUGCCUUAUCACCCCCACCAGGCCCAGCUGGUGGCUGCUUCCCUGCAGCUGUAACCUCAAGGAUGGGCUGGGUUCAAAUUACUUGAAGGGAUUUUUGUUGUUUCUUUUUCCCUUGUCCCAUCUCCAACCUUCUCAGCUGGAUCCAUCCAGGAGGAGGUCCUCUGAUCCAUCUGGAGGGUUAGGUGCAUGCUCCUCGGGGCGGCUUUGCACUUCCACCUGAGCGCGCAAGCGGAGAAGAGUUCUGCUGGCAGAUGUCCUGCUGCCUGUGAGGUUGGUGGUGGAGGGUGGUGCAGAGGGCUUGAGCCAAGCUGACAGUGAUGGCUGGAAAUGAAUUCCCACUUACUCCAAGUGUUGGAGAUCCAGGUCCUCCCCAUGACUGGCCUCACGUGCUUCUGUGGCACAUCAGUGGGUUGCGGUUGCAAGUGGAACGACGCUGGUAGUAUGGAGGAGAACAGCCUGGCUUAGUGCACUGUAAGAGGAAGAUGCUGCCCCUGUAGGAGACUUCUCUCUUCCUGGGGGUCCUUCUGGAGGAGUUGGGUCCCCUCAGUGUUUUGAAGUGGCUGCUCUUCAUCCUCACUUUUUCCUCAUCUCCAAGCCCCUUAAUUUGUGGCUCAGUGGAAUCAGCCCAUGAGAUGGUUAUGUAGAGUCAAGGUUGCAGUGCUGAAUCUACUUUCUCACCUGUCCUUUUUCCUCUUCCUCCUCCCCCUCUUCUUCUGGGGGUGGACUAAAAUGGAUACUAAUGAUCUCACUUGCUAAGGUGACACUGGGGGCCAAUCUAUGUGCCUGGCUUGAGGAGGUGGCAGGGGUCUGCUGCUUGUGCUGCUCUGAAGGUGGGCGUGGCAAAGGAGAGAAGGGGCAGAGGGGUGGAGUCGGUGGAUGAUCAUCUUGCAGGCUGAAGAAAGGCUCCGCCAGAGGGGGCAGCAAGACAGAAAAACCAAACCCGAGGCUAAUAACCAAAUGUGGGAGCAGGGAUGGUGGUGAGGUGCUGCUGGCAGAGGACGGGUCCUGCUUUGCCUGCUGCUGGAGGCCGUGGACACCACUUGUGUCUCAGGUCUCUCCUGGCUGUGAUUGUCCUGUACCCCUCAGGUUUCUUUC